AUGUUGACAACGAGACGCAUUCCCAUUUCUUUCAAGCGAAGAUUCCCAAAGGACAUUUCCGUCCAUGCGCUUCUCGCUGCCUUCCUGACUCUCGGGGACAAAGAGGAUCUCCAGAAGUAUGAGCUCUGGAGACAAACUUGGCCAACCCGUCAGGACUUCGAAGACAGCAUGCCCCUUUUAUGGCCACAGUCUCUACGAGGACCCAAUCCGUACUAUGAUGACGCCGCUAGUCAAAUGAAUCUGCUUCCGCCAUCGAUAUCCGGCGCAUGGAACACCUUUCGGAAGCGCAAAAAUGAGCACGAGUAUGAGACAUCUCACCAGAACCUCCUUGCUCAGCAGGAACAGAGAUUGCACAAAGCCUGGAGUAGCGUCGUCUCCGUUUUCCCAGAAGUAGAACGGGAGACUUAUUCAUACAACUGGCUCAUUGUCAACACAAGAAGUUUCUACUACUUGAUGCCUGGUCAAAAGCCGCCAGAAGAUCGGAAUGACGCCAUGGCAUUGUUGCCUUUCGCCGAUUAUUUCAAUCACUCGGAUGUGGAGUGUACAGACUCAGGAGAGGAAAUCUAUAUGAGCUAUGGGCCUCAUCCAAAUGAUUUCCUACUUGUUGAAUAUGGGUUCUACCUCGACCAGAAUGCUUCUGAAGCGAUAUACCUUGAUGAUAUCAUUUUUCGAGACCUCAGUGCGUCCCUUCAGGAAGAGCUGUAUUUGCAGCAAUAUUACGGCAAUUAUGAGGUUACCGCCACAGGUGCUUGCUAUCGAACCGAGAUUGCUGCUUGUCUGAAAUACAUGACAAGAAGAGAUUGGCGGAACUAUGCCCUUGGUUAUUCGACAAAGGGUUGCGACGCCCAGAAAUCUAAUGUGAUCAUCCGAGAAUGGAUUCGCGCAUACGCAAAGGAAGCAGACACGACAAUCGCCGCUCUGGAAGCUCUUGGUUCCAGAGAAAUGGAUCAGAAGUGCAACGGGAAAGUUUGGAAGCGGUUUCCUGCUGAGGAAGCGAGGUGCUGCCAGUGGCGGCUCACCUCCAGCGCGAAGAAGAACUAG